CACUCCAUCAUCAUCACAAGAUUAAUAUGGCACUAUCCGAUCGACUCUUGGGCGGCUCACUGCUUGCUGUUGCAACAUUUGUGUUUUCAUAUUACACAGUCUGGGCGCUGAUUACGCCCCUAUUCCCUUCUGAUUCGAUCAUACAAGCAUACUUUCCACCCAGAGUUUGGGCGAUCAGAUUGCCGGCAAUCAUCUUGGUGCUAGGAUUGGGUGUGGUGGGAGCAUUUGUUGGACUAGUGAUGCAGAAAGAAGCGGCAAAGAAGAAGGCAAAGGAAGCCAGGAAAGGAGCGUGAUCUUCAAUAAAGCUUAGGAUAACCGUAGAGAAAGGGAAAUGCGCAAAACAGGGUCUAAAAGCAUGUAUUAUAGGGCAGUAAUGGAGAUUUUCGAUACCAU